AUGCCUGGCGUUAUAGAAGAUAACACAAUUGAGAUCGCCAUUGUUGGUGGCGGGAUCAUUGGAUUAUGCCUCGCUGCCGGUCUCGCCAAACAGGAUGUGACUGUUAAGGUGUACGAGCAGGCCAGAGGCUUCCGAGAGAUCGGCGCCGGGAUGGCGUUUACAGCCAACGCCAUACGAUGCAUGGGCUUGAUAAAUCCGGAGAUUGCCAUCGCUCUGAGGUCCGGUGGUUCUGUAGCUACGUCCUUAGAUAAGGACGACCCAAACGAUUACUUACGCUGGAUCGACGGAUAUAACCAGCGUCGGGAGGACGAUCCAUAUUACCAGAAACUAAUGUUCAAGGCGAAUGCCGGACCCAGUGGCUUUGAGGGAACAAGACGCGACCAGUUCUUGGAAGCGCUGGCGAAGGUUAUACCCGGAGAUAUUGUGGAGUUCAGGAAGCGUUUGGAUACCAUCGACGAGAAAGAUGACGGAAAGCUCCAGCUUAAUUUCGAGGAUGGGACGUCAGCAGAAGCUAAUGCCGUUAUCGGAUGCGAUGGAAUCAAAUCGCGAGUGAGGGAACUCCUCUUCGGCGCCAAUGACCCAGCCUCGUAUCCUCACUAUACCCACAAGGUAGCCUAUCGUGCGCUAGUUCCAAUGGAUAAAGCCAUCGAAGUGCUUGGAGAAUACAAAGCCCAAAAUCAACACACCCACGUUGGGCCGCAUGCUCAUAUCAUCCACUACCCUGUCGCGAACCAGACCUUAAUCAACGUUACUGCCUUUGUGUCUGACCCCAACGAGUGGCCUGACGAUAAAAUCACAGUCGUGCCAGGUUUCCGCAAAGAUCUUGAAACUGUGUUCGCCGGUUGGAAUCCCUGCCUCACGGCUCUCAUCAAGCACUUCCCUGAACAGCCCGAGAAGUGGGCCGUCUUCGACACGUGGGACUACCCGGCGCCGUACUAUAAUAAAGGCACUAUUUGCCUAGCUGGCGACGCCGCACACGCGUCUAGUCCACAUCAUGGGGCAGGAGCUUGUUGCGGUAUCGAAGACGCCCUAUGCCUUUUCACAUUGAUUAAAAAGGUUAAGACAACACUGCAAAAAGGUAUAGCAACGAAGAAAGAAGCGCUGACUUCGGCCUUCGAGGUGUACGAUGGGAUGCGACGGACGCGCAGUCAAUGGCUUGUCAACAGCAGUCGGCGCGUAUGCGAUCUAUUCCACCAGCCCGAAUGGGGCGACGAGCGCAAGUGGAUUAAGGCAGAGACGUGUUUUGAAGAAAUCGGUGACCGGUCCUACAAGAUCUGGUAUUUUAAUCACAAUGAUAUGGUGGAGAAGACCGUUCAAGCGUAUGAUAAGAAGUAUCCUACGAAAGACGGUGCGCAUGAGAAUGAUGGUGUAACCGAGACGAAGAGCACUGCUACCACUGUUUCUGUCGCUGUUGCGGUGAACUAG